UAUCAUGAUGGGUGGGUCUUCUCAUCUCCUGUAGACGAUAGUCAAACACUUCCAGGCGAGUUUACCUGCUUUAAAAACGAUACUUUAAAGUUUGGCAACCGUACCAGACAAGUUGAAGAAAGAGUAGGACACCCAUUCUCUUCACUGCUACUCCCGCCAUUAGUUCAAACAAGCCAAGUCUGAAGGCUCAAGAGUCGUCGAAAUUUCUAGCAUGGAUGGUUGACACAAGACGGACGACCGUCGGUGGCUGAAGAAAGAGCAGGACACUGGUGGUUGAAAGGCGAACAAAAACGGAUGUGAAGAAAACUAAACUUCAACAGAGCCUUUACAAGCAGUGGAAGAAGAGUGCCGACGUGUUUGGUUAUAGCCAUGUGCUACAUUUCUUUUGUUUCCAUCAAGUAAUAAAGUUUAAGUGAAGUGAAGUAAGCUAACGCUAGCUGCCGGACAAACAGUCAUUAUCCGGCGGGCUUCAGCAGCAGCAGCGACCCGCAGACCGACACCAUGACCCGUGAGCGGCAGGUGUUCCUCAGCAAUCCGCGUCCAUCCACCAUCACCCAGCGAGUACAGCUAACAUACAAGCUGUUUUUACUGGAAAAUGCACGGAAUACACUCGAACAAGAGCUACUGUGCUUCACUAAAAAGGUAAUAACUAUUUAAAAUUCAUGCUUAGAGUCUCUGUUAAAUAAAUCGGCUAGCUUAAAAAACAGGUAGGCCAUGUGGUCAGCUUUUUAUACAGCAGGCGUAAUUAACGUCGUUUGCAGAGACGGCAUGUGGAGACCGCGUUGUUGUAAUUGUUAGAACAGUAAAAAACGAUUUUAACAUUUAUUUUAUCACAUGGUGUGUAGAUAAUAAUGCAAAAUAAGUUAUCAUAGUUUGCUGGAGCUGAAGCUGAUUUCUCAUAUGGAUUAUUAUUAAUCUUCCCGAAUAGACUGAAAGAUUAUUCUAGCUAUUAAAGCCAUAGACUGUAUAUAAGAUGGACAGAGUCUGCCUCCUCGCUGGGUGAAGCCACUCCGAGAACAGCGCCCUCUGAUGGUGGGCUGCAGUACAGGUCAUAAAUCCCGCCUCCACCAGCAAAGCUUAUGGGACAGAACAUAAUUUUUUCUCCCCUCUGGUUGUGAUGUUGACAUAUAGUUACUGUAAGACUGGUUUGUGCCCAAGUCCUUUUUUUUCUGUACAGCUCCGUUUUUAAAAGUUACAAGGGGGUUCAUGUUUUCUGUGAUUGACACCUGGUACAGCCUAUGGGCGUUCAGGGAUUGCGUAGCUCUUCCGGGGGAAUACGCUGUUUGACCCGAGCGUCAUCACAGGGACUCUCGGCGACUGCGCGGCCGAAUGCGCACAUUGCUACUGCACAGCUCUGGUUUCAAGGAAGUGGAGAAAAACCCGGAAUUACCGAGAGCUUUUUGGCUUCAAAUCCGUAUACAGGCGGAAGGCGGAACCAGGUUGUCCUUCUUAUAUACAGUCUAUGAUUAAAGCAAAUAUCAAACCAUGAACGUAUGACCACAUUUGUGCUGUUGGAAAGUUUGCUGUAAUUGUUACAAGUCUUAUUUUUUUAACCUUGUGUCACUCUUACUCCAGGCCUAUGAAGAGGUCCAAGAUUUCCUGAAUUCACCCUUACCCUCAAGUGUUUUCACCGAUCUUGCAAUGACUUUAGAUACGAAAUGUCAAGCUAUUGUCAAGCUCUCAUCUAUGUUGAAGGACCAAACAGCCACACAGUUCAGUGAGUCGAAGAUUAUUCUUAUAGUUUUUUUACCAAUAGUGUUACAUUUUAAAUGUUGAUUUGACUGUUGGCAUAAUAUGUUCAUGUAGAUUCUCAUUCAUCCAGGUCAUGGUUUUUUUGAAGACUCCAACAACAGGCAACUGGACUGUGUAGAGUUGAGAAGACGUUUCGCCUCUUAUCCAAGAAGCUUCUUUAGAAGAUGUUGGCAUAACGGUGAAAACUCUCUCCGUCUGUUUUUUCUUUCCUGAUAUAGAGUCACAAGUUUGUGUUACAAAUGGGGUGACAACAGACCACCUAAAGCCACUUGAAGACCAAAGGAUCCAAAAGACAGAUGUGCUUAAGUUUGGGCCCAUGUUGCAGAGCUCGCUCAUGGUCAACUCCGUAGCCAAAGCUGUCCAGGUGCUUGGAACCGCUCUCUCCCUGCAGCAGUUCAAACGUUUCCUUUUUUCCCAGCCUGCAGCAGUCCAGCAGGAUGACCAGAUAUGCAGCGUGUCGUCCAGCUUCAACGAUACAGUUGCAAGCUCAUCCUCUAAUUUAAAGGCUGAAGAAAAAGAUCAUGGGAUGGUUUUUAAGGAGGUAUGCUUGCCAGAUGAUGUGACUGCUGCACCUGUCGAUAUGCUGAGUUCUGAAAUCAGCCCUGAGAGACCAUGGCCACAACCACUACUACCCCCUUUACAGGCUAUAUUCCAAGAGAUCAGUAACCCCAGACCAAUGAUAAUAACACCGCUGAAUAGCUGGGGCUAUGAGGACGAUGUCCAGGUGCAACACCAAAAACAAACAUCCUCUCAGCUGCUCCACUUCCUCAGAGCUAAAGCUAAAAACAUGGGUGCACUAGAGGUCACUGUCAUGGAGUGUAGGAAAAGCUUUAACACCUCAGGUUCACCACAGUCGAUGUCACCUACAAUCAAAACACAAAGCUACCAAGUCAGGCAGGUUGUGACAGAUGAUCUGAUGAAUGGACUGACUCCAGAAGCACUGCACACUGACAUUGAGAACCACACCCCCAUCUUCAGAGUUAAAAGAGUGGAAUCAAGUGGCUCUCUGACCUACUCCUGUGUUAUCGCAACAAAGACUGAGUUGUGGGAUAUUGGAGACAUCUGCACAGAGGCUGUACUGGGUGUUUCUGAAGUGAGGCCCUCGGAAAAUGAAGAUAUCCAAAAUUCAACAACUAAGGUGGAGGACCCUUGUGUCAAUAUUCAGCUGGAAUCCCAAACUCACCAUCACACAAAACCAGAACAUGAGAGGAACUCUACUGAUGCAAAAACACCAGCAAACUCUGCUACCACGAUUCCAGAGUUCCAGGUCCGGAAAUUCGAGGAGACUGAAGUGGUUGUGUCUCAUAUUGUCAACCCAGGGCACUUCUACAUUCAGAACUCAGACUUCAUCACAAAGCUGCAGGCCCUUAUCACACAGUGAGUUGUUCUGUAUGAAUUCUAGUUUAAUGUCCACAUCCCAGCCUUCUUGAUCACAAUAAAACUAAGAGAGCCUCCCUUUUUCGGUUCAUUACUGUUGUCUCUUUGAUUCGAAUGCUUCUGGUUGUCAUUAUUUUUUUCUCUUUUGCAGCAGCUGGGAAGCUAGUAGCUCAUAUGCCGAGCAGAGCUGCAUUCCAGACAUUGGAAGUCUUGUAAUGGGCUGGUUUCCUAAACAGGAACAAUGGUGCAGGGCUCAGGUGACCAAGAUAUGUGGUGUAAGCGGAGGUGAGUCCAACUUUGUGAUUUGGAAUGAGUUUGCAAAUGCAUACCUCUAGAUGGUAGCAGUGUCUCUUUACUUGCCUGUAGCCACUUGGGAAUUCCUUUCAGGGUUUUUUCAGUUCAACCUUUCUCGUUCUCUUCUAUUUGGGAUAUCAGCUGACUCCCCUGAGGGCAAUGGCAGUGAGACAUCUAUCAAGGUGGAGGUGAAGCGGCUGGACUAUGGUGAUACCGCCUGCUUGUCACUGUUGGACAUCAAGGAGCUGACCCCAGAGAUGACCGUGGUACCACUUCAAGCUGUACAAGUUUCACUAGCAAAUGUGAGUGACAUCAUACUGACAGUUUAAAACUUGUUCAUGAUACAGAGAGCAUUAUCAAGUCAUUUUCAGACAAGCAUCUGGAAAGUUUCUGGAAAAUUUUGGGGGCUCUGACAAGGAAAUUUAUUUGACAGUGCGGUUCACACGUAAACACACGUACACAGAAGUCAGUGCUGUUGGAAGGGGGGGUAUUAGGCUAUGUUCACACUGCAGGUCAAUUCCGAUUUUUUUAACCAUAUGUGACACAUAUCUGAUUUUUUCAUCUAAGUGUGAACAGUGCAAUUCAGAUUUUUUCAAAUCCGACCCAGGCCUCUUUUGUAUGUGGAUAUUUUGUAUGUGCAGUGUGCACGCUCAGGUCGCAUUCAUCCAACCUUUACGUCAUCAAUAUGCGACAAACGUCCCCAUUGUUCGACAACACAAACAGGCGCGGAAAGCAAUUUGUGCUUUGUGGGCAUGCGGGUCACUUCACGGACGCAUUCCGUUCACAUUAGAUGCCAAAUUCGUUGUUGUAAUGCGAACAACCGCACAAAAAGAUCGGAUUUAACAAAAUACCCGAAUUGUGCAUCAUAACCUGCAGUGUGAACGUAGCCUUAGACACUGUGGUAGUCACUGUGAUGUUUUACAAAUCUAAAGAUUUAGUGAACCUAAACAUGCCACCUCAGUCUUACACAAAACUUAUUCCUGUUUAUGGCCUGAAAACUUCAAUAAAUAGAGCAAACUGACCAUCUCUUCUUACAAGUUGUGCUACAGCAGCAUUUUUUAACCAAGUAGCUAAACUAGACAGAACACAGACUGUGUGUUGUGCAGAAACACCCCUCGGCCGCUUCCCCUGCUGCUACUCAUAAUGAAUUCUCUGGUAGAUUUGCUGCUGCGUUCUCACAUGAGCUCACCCUGACUUUACCCCAAAAUGAUACUAGGGGGCUGGUAGGAAAUAUUUCGGGUAACCAAAAACAACAAUUACUUAAUAACCAGAAAAAAACUGCUCUGGAAAGAGGUUAAUUAGAUCUAAUACAUAAUUGAAAUGCUCAGACUUUUACAUCUCUGCGAUUGUAUUUUAUAAUUUUUAUAAUUUUUAAAAUUAUUAAUUAUUUAAUUUAAUUAUUUUUAUAAAAGCUGGGUCUGUGCUGGUUAUAUAUUUCAGCAAUUUAGCAAUAUUUUGUACAGGAAAAACUAUUCAUCCUCGGCACUGGUGUCACCAUGCAGGGAUACAUAGAGUAGGCCUUCUGUUGUUGAAAAGUUUAUUGUCUUGUUGCACUGGAAUCAAGUUUUUGCUUGGUGUUGAGGAACAAAGAAGUUCAGGUAUCAGUAUCAUUCAGAGGAACAUCUCCGUAUGUACGAGGGGGGUACCACAUACACGCGUUAACAUCUAUAAUGAACAUGUUCAGAUUUACAGCGACAGCCACGCAGAUUAAGCCCUCCCAGGAUUUGUAUCUGUGGAAGUGGUUAAUAUGCUGUCCUUCGCUGUGAGAUUGUAGACUCAGUAACAGAACUGGCAUUAGUCCACAUGAUUAGUCACAGCCUUAUCUAUUCCUGGGUGAUAAAGGAAGUGAAUUAUCUUAGUUCAUGGUAGUUUUUGUCUGUUUCCUCCCCCUUAAGGUGACGCCUGUGAAUGGGGGUGUUUGGUCUGAGGAGGCAGUGGGCUGGUUCCAGGCAAUGGUUCACAACAGGACGCUUUAUGCCAGACUGUACCCACAGGGGCCCAAAGUCACAGUGGAGCUGUUCCUGGAAAAGGGAAAGCUCGGAGCAAUGAGGUACUUAAGUGCGACCCUUUCUAUUCACUCAGCAUUGUUGUGUGUGCGCCAAGUGCCCCAAUAGUCUUUUUAUAAAUGUUUGUGGUGAAUUAGAAAGUGGAACAACAAAUGUAAUGUGACGAAUUGUUGGAUUUAUUUGUACUUGAUUUCAAAGCAAGUAAGUGCCCAAUAUUUUAACAGCAAAAUUGAACUAUUACUCUUUCAGGAGAGGUGCACCACUGUCUAUAAGGCUGGCCGAGAACGGACACGCGAAGCACAGGAAACUGCCAAAUUUUGGCCUAAUGAAAAGAAGUAAGAAGAGAAAUAAUAUGGAUAUUGUUUAACUCAGCGUUGCAUCUACAGCAGAUGGCAGUGUAGCCUCUUAAUGUCCAGAGCAGCACUGGUUUUCAUUCAAAAUUUUCCCUCUUUCACCCGACUGAUUUUCACUACAAGUCUUUUAUUUUCUCUCUGAAGGCGCUGCUCAAGUUAAAAUGAAGAAACAGGACUCGGAGUGGGAAAAAUACCUCAUUGCAUGCUAUACCCAAAACAGGGAUUAGAAGUGGAGAAUGUUUGUAAUUACAUGAUAUUUUGUCUUGCAUAUCUUCUAGCCAGUGUAAGAUUAAACAUUUAGAUGGCAGCCUAUCAAAGUUACAGACAAACCUAAACACAAAGAUGUUUAAUGGUUCUUAAAAGAGAGGGAGAGAAAUCCAGCUUUUUUUGACAAUCUGUUUUCAAGUGAAUAUGCAGAUUAAUGAUUGACAAACCACUGAGAUCGACUCUAUACAAUCAAAGAAAAAUUUUGUAAAAUUUGUAAAAAUUUUCUGUUGAGCUUUAUUGCCUUUAGUUAAUUUGUUCUUGAGGGAAAAAAGCAUUUAUAAUUCUGAAUGAAAGUUGUAUCUGAAAAUCGUAAUAAAACUUUAUCUUAAAUCUAA